AUGGUUGUAGUACACAUUGUGCUCUUCAAAUUCAGGCCCGACGUCCCUGACAACGUCAAGGCCACCUUUGUCCGCGAGCUGAGACAGCUGCGCGACCUUCCAUGCGUCCUGAACAAACGUCUCGUCGUCGGCGGGCCGUCCAUCACGGACCCCGUCGAGCGAAGCAAGGGCUACCACUUUGCCCUUGUCAGCUACCACAGAGACGGCGCCGCGCUGGCCGCGUACCAGGCGAGCAGUGAGCACCACCGGGUCACGAGUACAUAUCUCUGGCCGUUUCAGGAAGACGUUACGAGAUUCGACUUUGAGGUGGCGUCGGAGGAUGAGCCAGUCUCUCUCGGAUGGUUGUGA